AUGAGAAGACUGAUGAUGUUUCAGAAAAGACAUCACUAGCCGACCAGGAGGAAGUGAGGACUAUAUUCAUCAACCAACCACAGCUGACAAAAUUCUGCAAUAACCAUGUCAGCACUGCAAAGUACAACAUUAUCACAUUUCUUCCACGGUUUCUCUACUCUCAGUUCAGAAGAGCUGCUAAUUCCUUUUUUCUCUUUAUUGCACUGCUUCAGCAAAUACCUGAUGUGUCCCCAACAGGUCGCUAUACAACACUGGUUCCUCUCUUAUUUAUUUUAGUUGUGGCAGCUAUCAAAGAGAUAAUAGAAGAUAUUAAACGGCAUAAAGCUGAUAAUGCAGUGAACAAGAAACAGACUCAAGUUUUAAGAAAUGGUGCUUGGGAAAUUGUUCACUGGGAAAAGGUGGCAGUAGGGGAGAUAGUGAAAGUGACCAAUGGGGAACAUCUCCCAGCAGAUCUCAUCAGUCUGUCCUCAAGUGAGCCCCAGGCCAUGUGUUACAUUGAAACAUCCAACUUAGAUGGUGAAACUAACCUGAAAAUUCGACAGGGCUUACCAUCAACAGCAGAUAUAAAAGACAUUGACAGUUUGAUGAGAAUUUCUGGCAGAAUUGAGUGUGAAAGUCCAAACAGACAUCUCUACGAUUUUGUUGGAAACAUAAGACUUGAUGGACAUGGCACUGUUCCCCUGGGAGCGGAUCAGAUUCUUCUGCGAGGAGCUCAGCUGAGAAAUACACAGUGGGUUCAUGGAAUAGUCGUCUACACAGGGCACGACACCAAGCUGAUGCAGAACUCAACAAGUCCACCACUUAAACUCUCAAAUGUGGAACGGAUUACAAAUGUACAGAUUUUGAUUUUAUUUUGCAUCUUAAUUGCCAUGUCUCUUGUCUGUUCUGUGGGCUCAGCCAUUUGGAAUCGAAAGCAUUCUGGAAAGGACUGGUAUCUCAAUCUAAACUAUGGUGGCGCUAAUAAUUUUGGAUUGAAUUUCUUGACCUUCAUCAUCCUUUUCAACAAUCUCAUUCCUAUCAGCUUGUUGGUUACAUUAGAAGUUGUGAAAUUUACACAGGCUUACUUCAUAAAUUGGGAUAUCGACAUGUACUAUGAACCCACAGACACUUCUGCUAUGGCUCGGACAUCUAAUCUGAAUGAGGAACUUGGCCAGGUUAAAUACAUCUUUUCUGACAAAACUGGCACUCUGACCUGUAAUGUCAUGCAGUUUAAGAAGUGCACCAUAGCAGGAGUUGCGUAUGGCCAUGUCCCUGAACCUGAGGAAUAUGGCUGCUCUCCUGAGGAAUGGCAGAGUUCACAGCUAGGAGAUGAAAAAACAUUUAGUGAUUCAUCAUUGCUGGAAAAUCUCCAGAAUAAUCAUCCAACUGCUCCUAUAAUAUGUGAAUUUCUUACAAUGAUGGCAGUCUGUCAUACAGCAGUACCAGAACGAGAAGGUGAUAAGAUUAUUUAUCAAGCAGCAUCUCCAGAUGAAGGCGCCUUAGUCAGAGCUGCCAAGCAGUUGAAUUUUGCUUUCACUGGAAGAACACCAGACUCAGUGAUUAUAGAUUCACUGGGGCAGGAAGAAAGAUAUGAACUGCUUAAUGUCCUGGAGUUUACCAGCUCUAGAAAAAGAAUGUCCGUGAUUGUUCGCACUCCAUCCGGGAAGUUACGACUUUACUGCAAAGGAGCUGACACUGUGAUUUAUGAUCGACUGGCUGAGACAUCCAAAUACAAAGAAAUUACCCUAAAACAUUUAGAACAGUUUGCUACAGAAGGGUUGAGAACUUUAUGCUUUGCUGUGGCUGAGAUUUCAGAGAGCGACUUUCAGGAGUGGCGAGCUGUCUAUCAGCGGGCGUCAACAUCUGUGCAGAACAGGCUGCUCAAACUUGAAGAGAGUUAUGAGUUAAUUGAAAAGAAUCUUCAGCUACUUGGAGCUACGGCCAUUGAAGAUAAAUUACAAGAUCAAGUGCCUGAAACCAUAGAGACUCUAAUGAAAGCAGACAUCAAAAUCUGGAUCCUUACAGGAGACAAGCAAGAAACUGCCAUUAACAUUGGACACUCCUGCAAACUUUUGAAGAAGAACAUGGGAAUGAUUGUUAUAAAUGAAGGCUCUCUUGAUGGCACAAGGGAAACUCUCAAUCAGCACUGUAACACCCUUGGUGAUGCUCUUCGGAAGGAGAAUGAUUUUGCUCUUAUAAUUGAUGGGAAGACCCUCAAGUAUGCCUUAACCUUUGGAGUACGACAGAAUUUCCUGGACUUAGCUUUGUCAUGCAAAGCUGUCAUUUGCUGCAGGGUUUCUCCUCUUCAAAAAUCCGAAGUUGUUGAGAUGGUUAAGAAACAAGUCAAAGUCAUAACAUUGGCAAUAGGUGAUGGAGCAAAUGACGUCAGCAUGAUACAGACAGCGCAUGUCGGUGUGGGUAUAAGUGGCAACGAAGGUCUCCAGGCAGCCAAUUCUUCUGAUUACUCCAUAGCUCAGUUCAAAUAUCUGAAAAAUUUGCUGAUGGUCCAUGGUUCCUGGAACUAUAACAGAGUCUCCAAGUGCAUCUUAUAUUGCUUCUACAAGAACAUCGUCCUCUAUAUCAUUGAGAUCUGGUUCGCCUUUGUUAAUGGUUUUUCUGGGCAGAUCCUCUUUGAACGAUGGUGCAUAGGUCUUUAUAAUGUGAUGUUUACAGCAAUGCCUCCCUUAACUCUUGGAAUAUUUGAGAGAUCGUGCAGAAAAGAGAAUAUGCUGAAAUACCCUGAAUUAUACAAAACAUCUCAGAAUGCCCUGGACUUCAACACCAAGGUUUUCUGGGUUCAUUGUUUAAAUGGCCUCUUCCACUCAGUUAUUCUGUUUUGGUUUCCACUAAAAGCCCUUCAGUAUGGUACUGUAUUUGGAAAUGGAAAAACCUCGGAUUAUCUGCUACUGGGAAACUUUGUUUACACUUUUGUGGUGAUAACUGUGUGUUUGAAAGCUGGACUGGAGACAUCCUAUUGGACAUGGUUCAGCCACAUAGCAAUAUGGGGCAGUAUCACACUGUGGGUGGUGUUUUUUGGCAUCUACUCAUCUCUGUGGCCCGCUAUUCCAAUGGCCCCUGAUAUGUCUGGAGAGGCAGCCAUGUUGUUUAGUUCUGGAGUGUUUUGGAUGGGCCUCUUAUUUAUCCCGGUGGCAUCUUUACUUCUUGAUGUGGCAUAUAAAGUUAUCAAGAGGACUGCUUUUAAAACAUUAGUAGAUGAAGUUCAGGAGCUGGAGGCAAAAUCUCAAGACCCAGGAGCAGUUGUGCUUGGAAAAAGCCUCACGGAGAGGGCGCAACUGCUCAAGAAUGUCUUUAAGAAGAACCAUGUGAACUUGUACCGUUCCGAAUCAUUGCAGCAAAAUCUGCUCCAUGGAUAUGCUUUUUCUCAAGAUGAAAAUGGCAUUGUUUCACAGUCUGAAGUGAUCAGAGCAUAUGAUACCACAAAACAGAGGCCCGAGGAAUGGUGAGAAAGGAGUGCUGGAGAAGGAGGUUCUGCUACAUCUCUGAGACUAGCUGCUGGGUCUUCGCUGGAAUAUACUGCCCAAGUCCAGUCUGGUUCACGGAGGGGAAAGCUGGAUCUGAGCUCAUCUCAUCGGUUGACAUUCAGAUUCGUGUAUAUUCUAGACAUAAGCACUGUGCAACUAUACUGUAACACCAUCUCGUUCCAGUUUUUAUCUGCUACUAAGUCUUUGUAACCAGAAAUUGGAAAUGACCUUGUGUCUUACCAGAGUGCUUUCUUAAAUUGAGGCUAGCUCAGUAUUC